UCUAGUCAACAAGCGGACGACUUUCGAGUAUCCUAUAGACGUCGUCUGAUAUCCAAAAAAUCGCGCACAACUAGCCAGCCAAAGGCAUUUUACAGUAACCUUUCAUUGCGAAAACUGAAAAGUUUGGGCUGUUAUAUCCUCAGAUAAUAUGGCACCAACAAACGAGACGAAUAGUCCAAAUGACUCCUCGCAAUUUCAGGGUUCAGAGCUGUUAAUCCCACCAACCGCCACAGAGAAUAUGGAAACCACGAUACAGAAAAUCUCGAUGGAAAGACGGACCGAUACGGAUCUGAUUGCAUAUUUCCAAGAGUCUGGGAAAUGUACCAUUACCUGGCAACAGCCCAAGAAAGGCGAAGAAAAUCGACCUCCAGUGAACGCUAUUGCUGUCGUCGUCGAUGUGCCCGAUAACAAAGGAGCGAUUCGAGUCUAUAAAAAGGCCAGCGACACAGAAUCCAAGCACAUCGGAACUGUAGGGACAGAAUAUGCUGGACACAUGGUCAUAAUCCCAUGGGCGGAACAUACUUGGUGGUUCAGGUUGUCAGGAUCCCUCAUGGUGGGAUACGUUGUGGCUGAAGCUUAAUAUUC